UUCAGUAAACUGCUCGUAACAGAGACUGUCGUCUCACGGAAGCGUCGUAGUUGCCGUGCUUAUAUUAAGUGUAAAAAAAUCGGAAUAUUCGAAUUGUGUUAACCAAUUACCUUUAAAUACUAGUACCUUGCGUCCAGUUCGAGAACAUAAAAUAAUUGAACUAAUGGAUUAAAUUCGCAUUUUAUUUAUUCUUCUUUCAUAAAAAUCAGUCAAAUAAUUAUAAACCAAAAUAUUUAAAUCGUUAUCCUAUAAUGGAGGAUAAUAUUAACAAACCAUAUAAAAUAUGUGAUAUGAAUCGUGAAAAGAAAAAGGGAAUAGUGGCAUCAUCGUUAGAGGACUUAAUUGGAAAAGUACCAGAAAAAUUAGGAUUGCCUCCUGAAAAUCUUACAGUCGUACUGGAGUGUGACGGUACCGAAGUGGAUGAUGAGGAAUAUUUUUCAACCUUAGAUCCGGAUACUGCGCUUAUGAUUUUACAUGGAAACGAAAAGUGGUCACCUAAUAUGCCUAAGUGUCAAGUUUCUUUGGAUCAGACUGAUGAAGUAAGUAUUGGAGAAAAAGGCCAGGUUGCUAGUCUUGUAGGUCGCUUGCAACACAAUCUUUGCCAUAUUUCACUUCUGGGAGGCCAGGAUUUGGAAUUGCUUUCUGAUAUGGACCCUGACAGUCUGGCUGACAUUGUUACAGACAGGGAUAACAGGAUUAUUCUAGAGCACAUUAAGGAAGCUUCUGGAAGAAUACUUCUAGAGAAACGUCAAGCUCAGGAUGCAAUGGAGUUGUUAAAGCUAUACCAUCAGAGUGUUGCUAAUGGUGCUGAAGAUGUAUCUCCUCCAAGCCAGGAAACAGUGUAAAUAAAAAAUCUACAGUGUCCUAACUUAACCCUCAAUAAUUCUUUUUAGGGAUGGCCCAUCUCAAAAGUUUACAAUGAUAGCAAUAGCAACUCCACUAAAUAAAAAAAAAAAACUGCUAUUAUAAUGAACAUUUACUGUAUAUGCUCAAUAUCCAUUAAAAGUAUUAUAUAUAAGCUAACUUAACAUUCAUAAUCUAUUAAAAUACACCAAUUUAAUGAGGCCUUCUAAAGGGAUUUUGGAUUACUAAUAAAUAAUUUGAAUUGAUAUACCAAUAUGCUUAUUGUAUUAAAGUUAUGUUAGAAUUAUUUAUUAACAAGCAUAAGUAAUAUUUAUGUCACCUUCCAAUAACAACUGAAUGUAUUUUAACUAGGUGUUUUAUAGUGUCUACAUUGAUUUACAGCUAAAUGUUUGAAGGUAGAUUGUAUGUACAUAAAUAAUAAGGAUCUAAUCUUAUGAAUAUGAGCUAAAGUCGAAUGAUUAGUAACAAUGGCAUUCUAAAUGGUAGGGUAUCUAGUGUGCAGCACUUUUGUCAUUGCUGACAUUUGUUUUAAUUUAUAAUGGAAAGCGAUUUAUUAUUCUUUUGUAUUUCUACAUGGACAGUCAUCAAAGAGUAUGUAUGUAUGUAUAUUUUCCCCUUUUAUUUUUUAAUUUUAAUAUUGUAAAUGCAAAAUUUUGUAUCGUUUUUAUAUGCUGUGGAAUUUUACUUAGAAUUUAUCUAUAUAGAAUGAUAUAGCUAGCUAGAACAUUAAUAAUGUAUCUGACAAUAGGUAUAUUAGAAGGUAAUAAUUGCUAAUAAUAUUGUAUUUAGUUAAUUUUUUCAUUUGUAAACUUUUGAGAGUCAAAUUGCUACAAGGUUGAUAAUCAACAUCAAUUUAAAAGACUGAUAGGAGGUAAAUUUAUUUUUUUUAUAUAGUUUUACCCCUAGAAUAAGAUUUAUUCGUUUAAUUCCAAAUUUGCUCAAUGAAUUUACAAGUAUACAAUAAGUUUAAUUAAAUUUAAUUUCACUGCCGUAAAUACAUCUGCAUCAUCCCCUACAUCUGUAGUAUUUUGAAAAAUAGGAAUUGCAUCGGCGGAUGGUCUGAAGAAGUAAAUGAGGAGACUAAAUUAAUAAAAUCUGUAAUAAUAAGAUUCCUAAUCAUUUAUUUCUUUAUCUAUGUAUACUGAUGUCAAGUUGUAAUUUUUUUAAUGAUGUGAUAUUAAGCACAUUUUUGAUAUAUUGCACUCAAUACCAUUAUGCAAUUUUGUCUUUAACCUUUAGGUAUUAAUAAUAAUGAAAUUAUGUCCAUUUUAAGCACAUUAAACUAGCAGUAUACAUAUAUAUAUACCUAUACAUAGCAUAUUGUAGCAAAUAUAUAUUGGUCUGUAAAAUUUUAGGUUUACAUAAUUUAAAUCACGGCAUUCAUAUUAUAACAUCAAAUUUAUUAUUUCUUUUUAUUACUCAGUAUAAAGUAUGGUAAAUUUAGAUGUACAAGCAUUUAACCACUUUUCUACCAUCAAAUAUUAACUGUAAGUAUUGCGUUAGAUUUAGAAUGUAAUUUAAUAAUGUAGAAAAAUAGUGAAUGUACCCCAUAAAUAUGUAAAUCAAUUCCAUUUUAAGCCUAAAUAUGGAAUUGAAAUAUGUGAAUUUGUUGUUUCUUUUUGUUAUUGUGCACAAAUAAAGCAUUUAGCAAAUGAAA